AUGGUGACGAAGACGAAUGACUCUGGGUACUUUCGCCUCCUGGGGAACGUGCGGAACUACCCCACGCAGCCCGCCUUCAGGAUCGAGGAUGUGUUUCCCUGCUGCGCCUGGAUCAGCUUCCAGUGGGAGCGCAACUUCAAGCCGUUCGGAUUCAUCGAGCUGGUGCACAGCAAGUUCCUGGCGUGCCCCCUCAUCGUGUUGCUCUACCUCCUCAUGUGCAAGUACGGACCCACCAGAAUGAAAAACAGAAAGGAAUUCGAUCUACGAAGACUCCUCAUCCUGUGGAACACACUCUUGGCCCUAUUCAACCUCAUCGUCGUAGUGAAGCUAACCCCAGUCCUCCUCCAUAUCACUUCCAAUUAUACCUUCACCGGGUUGCUCAUCAUCCCACCAAUAUACACCUGCGCCUUUGGCAUCCCCGGCCUAUGGGUCUCUCUCUUUGUUUUGUCAAAGUUCGUGGAGCUACUAGACACCUUACUCUUAAUUUUGAGAAAAAAAAAAAUUACACUCUUACACUGGUUCCAUCACUCAACGGUCUUACUCUACACAUGGCACACCUACUAUGCCGAACUCCCAGCCGCGUUCGUCUUUACCUUCAUUAACUCCUUUGUACAUACCAUUAUGUAUAGCUACUAUGCGAUGGCAACUGUGUAUAGGAAGCCCUUAUCAUGGAAUAUUUUUGUUACCUUACUUCAGAUUUUCCAAAUGGUUGUGGGGGUUCUUCUGACAGUCUACUGUCUCUACAUAACGUAUACUUACCGAUUCAGCAGUUAUUGGGACUUGCGCUCGAUUAAAAAAAUACAACAUAAGUUCACCUUCGAUUAUGGACACUACAUCUCCAGGACCAAUGUCGUUUACGCCGUCCUUAUGUACUUGUCGUAUUUGUUUCUUUUCGGUAAGUACUUCUACGACAGCUACGUGUGCGCACCGUCCAAGCGCCUCCACAAGGAGAAGCCGGCCUGA